AUGCUAUUAUGGGGCAUGCCUCGGACGCGCCUCCGCGUCACCACGACAUCAAACGUUUGGAUGCGGGCCAAAAAUACAUAUUCGACCAAGAGUGCUCGCUCUAGCUCUGAAUUUGGCUCAUCCAAACCUUUGGUCAAAAUGAUUGCCACAGCCAGCGUGGUCAGUAUGCCGGGCCUUUGGUGGCUGGUAAAUACCCGAGACGAAGCUACCCGUGACGAUGCACCGCAUCUCGAAAGCCCCCCAUCUGAGAACUGGACCGUCGAGCCCGGUCCUUCCAAAGACCAAGUGACACGAAUCAUAUCACAAGGAGCAUAUUCAUAUCUGGUGCAAAACGUUGACGGUGUCAGCAGAUAUGACGGUGCUCAGUUGCCGUCUAACAGCCCGUGCGAGGACCAUUUUACCCACGGCAAAUUUGCCUCGCCGUGGAAUCCUGGCAAGAUAUGGAUGGUCUGGGGUGUUUUUGAUGGUCAUUCAGGUGCGCAAACAGCAGAGUUAUUGAAGGAGCAACUUCUGCCUUUUGUCCGACAUAGCUUGGGUCAAGUCCAACCGUCCUCAGAUGAAGGAAUCUUGUCUGAUGAGAUGGUGCAAGGCGCUAUCGUGAAGGGAUUCUUGAAACUAGAUGAUUCGAUUAUCAAGACAGCUGCGGGGUCAAUUGAGAGUGAACUAUCCUUACCGGAGAAGAUAAAGAGAUUAGCCCCCGCUUAUGCUGGGUCCUGCGCUUUGCUGUCCAUGUAUGAUCCCACCACAAGCACGUUACAUGUAGCGUGUACCGGCGACUCGAGAGCAGUUUUGGGACAAAAAGGUCCCGACGGAAAAUGGGAAGCAAAAGCCUUGUCAGUCGACCAGACUGGCAAGAACGAAGAAGAAAUUACCAGGCUGUACGCGGAACAUCCCGGUGAAGCAGACAUUGUCAAAAACGGACGAGUCCUCGGCAUCAUGGUCUCACGAGCCUUUGGCGAUGCCCUGUGGAAAUGGCCUCUAGAAUUCCAACGGGAGACACAGAAGAGAUUCUACGGUCCAUCACCGUUGACGCCGAGAUACCCUGUGCAAACACCGCCCUAUCUGACGGCAGAACCGGUUGUGACUAGUACCAAGAUCGAUGCUGGUAGUCCUUCUUUCCUGAUUAUGGCUACGGAUGGCUUGUGGGAUACAUUGACUAAUCAGCAGGCUGUUGAUCUUGUGGGGAAAUGGUUGGAACAUGGAGGAGGCGACCAGAGGAAUGGGAACGAGGGGGAACCAGCGUAUGAACCUUUUGAUUUUGGUCAAUUUGGGAAAGGUGUGAGUUGGAAAUUUGUUGAAGAGAGAACUACUGUUCAAGAUGAGAAUGUUGCUGUGCAUUUGGUGAGGAAUUCGCUUGGUGGGAAUCACCAUGAGUUGGUAGCAGGUCGACUGGCCUGCGAGCCACCAGCCUCGAGGCGUGCGCGAGAUGAUACGACGGUGCAAGUGGUUUUCUUUGAUGUUCCUAAAUCUAAGAAUUGA